AUGUCUUCGAACUUAGUAAAAUCAGAUUCAAGGAAUGUUUGGCUUCGAUCAUGUGAACAUGAAAUUAUUGAGCCCAUUGAAGGCGUUGUAAGUGGAGAAAUUCCGUCAUGGAUUAAUGGAAGUUUAUUAAGAAACGGCCCAGGAAGUAUAAAAGUUGAGUUUCCGGUUAUUCAUCAAAUCAAUCCCACAACAUUGGAAACGGAAAAUACUGUGAAAGUAUUAAAAUAUGUCAAAGGUUUAGUCUAUCAUACAUCUCAUCCACAUGUCAUGCCUGAUGGAACAGUUUUCAACCUUGGACUUUCAGUUUCAUUAACUGGGCCAAAAUAUAAAAUUUUUAGUUUAAAAAAGGGUGAAAAAUGUUUUGAGAAUGCAGAAAUUGUUGCUGAAGUUCCAGUUCGAUGGAAGUUCAACCCUGGUUACAUGCACACAUUUGGAGUAACUGAAAACUUCUUCAUUGUUGUCGAACAGCCUUUAACAAUUUCUGUUGCUGUUAAACUUAAAAAAAAUUUCAAAAAGACGACAGUUUCCGAAUUGAUGAAGUGGUCACCAAAAGAAAAUUGUCGAUUUUGUGUAGUUAACAGACAAACAGGAAAAGUUGAGUACGAAUUUGAAUCCGAAGCUUUCACCUAUUUCCACAUCAUCAACCAAUAUGAAAAAGAUAAUCACAUUGUCAUCGAUAUUUGCUGCUUAUCUGAUGCCUCUGUGUUGAACAAAUUGUAUUUAGAGAGCAUUAAAAAAUUGGAAAAGGAAUCUGACUUGCUUAAAAUAACUUUAGCAAAACCAUUUCGAUUUGUCUUACCUUUGUGUAAUGUGAAAAUUUUAUCAUGUAAAGAAAACGAAAAUCUCGUAACGUUGCCGAACACAAAAGCUUCAGCUUAUGUAAAGUCGUCGAAUGGAAUGAUUUUCUGUGUUCCUGAACUUUUAAGUGACUCAAGAUGUGAACUUCCAAGAAUAAAUUAUGAGAACUAUUUAGGCAAAGAAUAUAAAUUCGUGUAUGGAGUCAGUUUCGAGAAAGAUAAUUCAAAUUCACUGAUCAAAAUUGAUGUCGUCAAUAAAACUUCAACCUUAUGGACUGAAUCCAACUGUUAUCCAAGCGAACCAAUUUUUGUUCCGUCGCCAAACUCUAAAUCUGAAGAUGAUGGAAUUGUACUUGCUGCAUUAUUAUGGGGUGGAAAUGACGAAAAGCGCGUUGGUUUACUCGUCUUGAAUGCUGUCACAAUGAAGGAAUUGGGACGAUGUGAAUUCAGCAACCUUCCGUCUCCUGCUCCCAAAUGUUUUCAUGGAUGGUUUGCGAACUCACCCAUUGAAGGCGUUGUAAGUGGAGAAAUUCCGUCAUGGAUUAAUGGAAGUUUAUUAAGAAACGGCCCAGGAAGUAUAAAAGUUGGUGACAUGAUUUUCAAUCAUUUAUUCGAUGCUUCAGCUUUGCUUCAUCGAUUCAACAUCGUGGAGUUUCCGGUUAUUCAUCAAAUCAAUCCCACAACAUUGGAAACGGAAAAUACUGUGAAAGUAUUAAAAUAUGUCAAAGGUUUAGUCUAUCAUACAUCUCAUCCACAUGUCAUGCCUGAUGGAACAGUUUUCAACCUUGGACUUUCAGUUUCAUUAACUGGGCCAAAAUAUAAAAUUUUUAGUUUAAAAAAGGGUGAAAAAUGUUUUGAGAAUGCAGAAAUUGUUGCUGAAGUUCCAGUUCGAUGGAAGUUCAACCCUGGCUACAUGCACACAUUUGGAGUAACUGAAAACUUCUUCAUUGUUGUCGAGCAACCUUUAAAAAUGUCUGUUGCUGUUAAAAUUAAAACAGCUUUCACAAAGGCAACAGUUUGUGAAUUGAUGAAGUGGUCACCAAAAGAAAAUUGUCGAUUUUGUGUAGUGAACAGAACUACAGGAAAAGUUGAGUACGAAUUUGAAUCAGAAGCUUUCCCCUAUUUCCACAUCAUCAACCAGUACGAAAAAGAUAAUCACAUUGUCAUCGAUAUUUGCUGCUUAUCUGAUUCCUCUGUGUUGAACCAACUGUAUUUAGAGAGCAUUAAAGAAUUGGAAAAGGAAUCUGACUUGCUUAAAAUAACUUUAGCAAAACCUUUUCGAUUUGUCUUGCCUUUGUGUAAUGUGAAAAGUUUGACAUGUUCAGAAAACGAAAAUCUCGUAACGUUGCCGAACACAAAAGCUUCAGCUUAUCUGAAGUUGUCGAAUGGAAAUGUCUUCUGUGUCCCAGAACUUUUAAGUGAGUCAAGGUGUGAACUUCCAAGAAUAAAUUAUGAGAACUAUUUAGGCAAAGAAUACAAAUUCGUGUAUGGGGUCAGUUUCGAGAAGGAUAAUUCAAAUUCACUGAUCAAGAUUGAUGUCGUCAAUAAAACUUCAAUCUUAUGGACUGAAUCCAACUGUUAUCCAAGUGAACCAAUUUUUGUUCCGUCACCCAACGCUAAAUCUGAAGAUGAUGGAAUUUUACUUGCUGCAUUAUUAUGGGGUGGAAAUGACGAAAAGCGCGUUGGUUUACUCGUCUUGAAUGCUGUCACAAUGAAGGAAUUGGGACGAUGUGAAUUCAGCAACCUUCCGUCUCCUGCUCCCAAAUUAAAAUCAGAUUCAAGGAAUGUUUGGCUUCGAUCAUGUGAACAUGAAAUUAUUGAGCCCAUUGAAGGCGUUGUAAGUGGAGAAAUUCCGUCAUGGAUUAAUGGAAGUUUAUUAAGAAACGGCCCAGGAAAGUUUCCGGUUAUUCAUCAAAUCAAUCCCACAACAUUGGAAACGGAAAAUACUGUGAAAGUAUUAAAAUAUGUCAAAGGUUUAGUCUAUCAUACAUCUCAUCCACAUGUCAUGCCUGAUGGAACAGUUUUCAACCUAGGACUUUCAGUUUCAUUAACUGGGCCAAAAUAUAAAAUUUUCGGUUUAAAAACAGGUGAAAAAUGUUUUGAGAAUGCACAAAUUGUUGCUGAAGUUCCAGUUCGAUGGAAGUUCAACCCUGCUUUCACCUAUUUCCACAUCAUCAACCAAUAUGAAAAAGAUAAUCACAUUGUCAUCGAUAUUUGCUGCUUAUCUGAUGCCUCUGUGUUGAACAAAUUGUAUUUAGAGAGCAUUAAAGAAUUGGAAAAGGAAUCUGACUUGCUUAAAAUAACUUUAGCAAAACCUUUUCGAUUUGUCUUGCCUUUGUGUAAUGUGAAAAGUUUGACAUGUUCAGAAAACGAAAAUCUCGUAACGUUGCCGAACACAAAAGCUUCAGCUUAUCUGAAGUUGUCGAAUGGAAAUGUCUUCUGUGUCCCAGAACUUUUAAGUGAGUCAAGGUGUGAACUUCCAAGAAUAAAUUAUGAGAACUAUUUAGGCAGAGAAUACAAAUUCGUGUAUGGGGUCAGUUUCGAGAAGGAUAAUUCAAAUUCACUGAUCAAGAUUGAUGUCGUCAAUAAAACUUCAAUCUUAUGGACUGAAUCCAACUGUUAUCCAAGUGAACCAAUUUUUGUUCCGUCACCCAACGCUAAAUCUGAAGAUGAUGGAAUUUUACUUGCUGCAUUAUUAUGGGGUGGAAAUGACGAAAAGCGCGUUGGUUUACUCGUCUUGAAUGCUGUCACAAUGAAGGAAUUGGGACGAUGUGAAUUCAGCAACCUUCCGUCUCCUGCUCCCAAAUGUUUUCAUGGAUGGUUUGCGAACUCAGUUUAA